AAAUUUUGAACCCAAGCCAUGAAUCAAUUUUUACAGCUUAUCUAUUAUUCCCAAUAGUUGUUGAACUCACGGCAGGGCAUUUUCUGCUAAAACAUGCUAUAAUUAUUAAGUUAGAACCCAUUGAUUCUUUUUUGUCUUUUGCUUGAGUGGCCAAGGAACAGAAGCAAGCCAUGGAAGAAUCCGAAGAUGAGAUAAGAGCUCCUCUCAUAUCUAAGGAUGAAGAUGAUAGCAAUCUAUCAUCAUCAAGGUCAGAGGCCUUGGCAUCAAAAUCUGAAGCAGAGAUCAAAGAAGUGGAAGAAGAAGAAAAUUCACCGGUGAGACAAGUGGCCUUAACCGUACCAACCACAGAUGACCCUUCGCUACCAGUGCUGACGUUUCGAAUGUGGGUGUUAGGCACCAUUUCAUGUGUCCUGUUAUCGUUUCUUAAUCAGUUCUUUUGGUACCGCACAGAACCCUUGACAAUCACGGCCAUCUCAGCCCAGAUUGCAGUGGUUCCUCUUGGCCAAUUGAUGGCAGCCAAGAUAACAAAACGUGUUUUCUUCAAAGGAAGCCGCUGGGAAUUCACCUUGAAUCCAGGGCCCUUCAAUGUCAAAGAACAUGUUCUUAUUACAAUCUUUGCCAACUCUGGAGCUGGCAGCGUUUAUGCCAUCCAUGUUGUGACUGUUGUGAAGGUGUUUUACAAGCAGCACAUUACUUUCUUUGUCUCCUUGAUUGUCAUCCUAACUACUCAGGUGUUGGGGUUCGGAUGGGCUGGUAUAUUCAGGAGGUACCUAGUGGAACCAGCAGCUAUGUGGUGGCCUGCAAAUCUUGUUCAAGUUUCUCUCUUCAGGGCUCUCCACGAGAAGGAAGAGAGGGCCAAGGGUGGGGUGACCAGAACCCAAUUCUUCCUAAUUGCCUUCAUUUGCAGUUUUGCUUACUAUGUCUUCCCUGGCUACCUUUUCCAAAUGCUAACUUCCCUCUCUUGGAUAUGCUGGAUAUUCCCCAAAUCUGUGGUAGCCCAACAACUCGGUUCCGGCCUUUACGGGUUAGGAAUAGGUGCUAUUGGUUUGGACUGGUCUACCAUCUCCUCUUAUCUUGGUAGCCCACUUGCAAGCCCAUGGUUUGCCACUGCAAAUGUUGCUGCAGGAUAUAUCUUCGUCAUGUAUGUUUUGACUCCCAUCUGCUACUGGCUUAAUGUCUACUCCGCCAAAACCUUCCCCAUUUUCUCCGAUACUCUCUUCACCUCCACAGGCCAAGAAUACAAUAUCACUGCUAUCAUUGAUUCCAAUUUUCACCUUGAUGUUGCCGCUUAUGAGAAAGAAGGACCUCUAUACCUUAGCACAUUUUUUGCAAUGACUUAUGGUGUUGGUUUCGCUGCACUAACUGCCACAAUAGUUCAUGUUGGGCUCUUCCAUGGAAGAGAAAUAUGGGAGCAAAGCAAAGCUAGUUUCCAGGAGAAAAAAAUGGACAUACACACCAGACUCAUGAGGAAGUAUAAGCAAGUCCCUGAAUGGUGGUUUGUGUGCAUCCUUUUGGUUAAUAUUGCAGCCAUCGUAUUUGCCUGUCAGUACUACAAUGAUCAACUUCAGCUUCCAUGGUGGGGGGUUCUAUUAGCAUGUGGCAUUGCCAUUGUAUUCACACUUCCAAUAGGCAUCAUUACAGCCAUUACAAACCAGACACCAGGUUUGAACAUCAUCACCGAAUAUAUAAUCGGGUAUAUAUAUCCAGGAUAUCCUGUAGCUAAUAUGUGCUUCAAGGUGUACGGAUAUAUAAGCAUGACACAGGCCAUUACCUUCCUGCAAGACUUCAAGCUUGGUCACUAUAUGAAAAUUCCACCUAGAACAAUGUUCAUGGCACAGAUCGUGGGAACCCUCAUUGCUUGUUUUGUGUACCUGGGAACUGCCUGGUGGCUGAUGGAGAACAUCCCUGAUAUUUGCGACACAACGGCCUCCAACAGCGUGUGGACAUGUCCAAGUGAUACCGUGUUUUAUGAUGCUUCUGUCAUCUGGGGUUUAAUAGCACCCCGCAGAAUUUUCGGGGACUUGGGAACUUACGAGGCAGUCAAUUGGUUCUUCCUUGGAGGAGCAGUGGCUCCUCUACUUGUCUGGUUGGCCUCCAAGGCCUUCCCUAGUCAAGAAUGGAUCAGGCUCAUCAACAUGCCAGUCCUGAUAGGUGCGACAGGCAUGAUGCCACCAGCUACUGCAGUCAACUAUACUACAUGGAUCAUUGUUGGCUUCCUGUCUGGCUUCGUGGUGUAUAGGUAUCGACCGGAUUUAUGGCAACGAUACAAUUACGUUCUUUCAGGGGCACUGGAUGCUGGGCUUGCUUUUAUGGGUGUGCUGCUAUAUUUGUGCUUGGGAUUAGAAAAUAUUAGUUUAGAUUGGUGGGGAAAUGAUCUGGAUGGAUGCCCACUGGCUAGCUGUCCAACAGCCCAAGGUAUUAAGGUGGAAGGCUGCCCACUCUUCACCUAGCAAUAGUAUUCCUAAAAUUUAUUGCUCGGUGAAUCUUGAACAAGUAUAACUUGGUUAAGUAGGAAAUUGCAUGCCAACACAUCUGUUUAUAUAUUGCUUUCGAGCAGGAAUUCCAUUUAAACUGUCAAGUGCUUUUGUACAUGAAUUUCAAGCUAAGAUUUAGGCAUAUUAUUGCAUGCUUGGUGUAAAAUGGAACUAGAUGCAACUUGUAAUUAUAAAUUCUCUUAUUCUUACAA